UUGAAAAACCCUAAGUGAUAUUUUGGGGUUUUACACGAAAUGGAGGAUGGCGAUGGCGAUGGCGCCAAGUCUCUCGGCGCUCUCGUCGUGGCGCCGGGCGCGCCAUCGCCAGAUUUUCUCCUCUUCGACAGCAGUGGAGAAAUCCGGCUCCAGGGCGAGCGCAAGCGGCGUAGGAGGCGGCUAGGUUUCGUGAAAUCCAUCGCCAGGUUCGUGUCCAGGCAGCUCAGGAACGCGAAUCGCUAUGUCGACCCGGUCUUGCUCGUUCCGAGCGAUCGAGGAGGCUGCCGGCUCCAUUACAGCGAGAUUUUCCACCGGAAAUGCCUCUCUUGCAAUGCUGGCCCAGGUUUGGAGUUUAAUAGAGCGGCGAUCUCAGUUCUUAGCCGGUGUGGCGCGGCUACGUCUUGGAAUUCCGGGAAUGUGAGACUUAAAAGCCAGGAGCUGGAAAAAGUGAGCAAGCUUGGAGAUAUUGAUCGCAGCAGCAGUGAUGGUGUCAGUGUUUCUACGACGAUGGUUAAUUCUAGCUUGCUGGACGAACUGGUCGACGACGAUCAAAGUAGAUUUUCCCAGCUUCAAGAGAUGUCAGUUUCUUCUGCCCAGGUCCAAAGCAUGCCAUCUUCGACGCAAGAUUUGGGCGUCAAGCUCGCCGAGAACUUAAGCUUGGCGCCUGUGCCGAACGAACCAAAGUCUACAAACGUGAAGCUCGGUGAAGAGCUGGUGGCAGAAGAGAAGCGGAAGAAUGCAAGUUGCGGCAAAAAUCACGCGGUUGCUGGUGCUCUUGCUGGAGUUUUUGUGAGCUUGUGCUUGCAUCCUCUCGACACCGUCAAGACCGUGAUCCAGUCCAAGAACACCGGGAAGCAAGCGAUCUUGCCGAUUGUUGCGUCCAUUGUAUCUACAAGGGGUGUCUCUGGUUUGUACAGAGGUUUAGGAAGCAAUCUCGCGUCGUCGGCCCCUAUAUCGGCAAUCUACACGUUUACGUAUGAAACCAUGAAAGCGGCGUUGUUACCACGCCUUCCAGAGGAAUACCACUCGCUCGCUCAUUGCGCUGCCGGGGGCUGUGCAAGCAUCGCUACGUCUCUUGUUUACACACCAAGUGAGCGUGUGAAGCAGCAAAUGCAAAUUGGAGCAGUGUAUCGAAAUAGCUGGCUGGCUUUUGUUGGGAUUCUACAAAGAGGAGGCUUUCCGGCGCUGUAUGCAGGAUGGGAAGCCGUCCUCUGCCGCAAUGUUCCGCAAUCGGUUAUCAAAUUCUUCACGUACGAAGCUUUGAAGCACCGUGUUCUUCGUGAUUCUCCUCCGGACACGCAUCUCACAAAUUUGCAGACGCUCGCGUGUGGAGGACUUGCAGGAUCGACGGCAGCCUUAUUUACCACACCUUUUGACGUGGUGAAGACAAGAUUGCAGACACAGACAAUCGGAUCGCAACAUCAAUACAGCAGCGUCUUAAAUGCCUUGCAGAUGAUAACCAGAGACGAAGGCAUUCGAAGUUUAUACAGGGGUCUCAUCCCGAGGCUGGCGAUCUACGUCUCGCAGGGAGCGCUGUUCUUCGCGUCCUACGAGUUUUUCAAGAGGGCUCUGGCGAUGGAAGCGCGAAACUAUCAAACCCCAAAGAGCAUUUCUUCCGACGGCUCGGAGGCUAGCCGCCGGAGACGAGCUCUUUUGAGCGCCGCGUGAUUAAUUAGUGAGUUUAAGGCUAACGGAAAUGAUUUAUAGUUAACCAGCCUGCCACGUCGUUCCCGCUGGUCCUGGAAAUUUGAAUCCUCGUUUUUUGUA